UAAAAUGAUGUCUGUUUUGUCUGUUUUGUCGUUGUUAUUUCUUUUCAUUGCGCAUAUUAACGCAAAACUAACAUCAAAUGAAUUGGAAAUGUUUACAGAGCUUGCAAACAGUGUUAAGGUACUAGAGCAAAAAUUAAGUAAUGUUGAAAACGAACUGGAUAGGCAAAAGGAAAUAAACCGAAACCUUGAAAACAGACUCAAUGCUCAAACAACCACUUUAAGUGCAGAUAUGGCAUUUGACAAGCGAGAUGCUCAAGGGAACGUUGUGAGCGAAAAUAAGAAUAAUAUGAGAGUCGGUAGGCAAGAAAGGGAGCAAGUGGCUUUUUCUGCAUAUUUAAAGAAUUCAUUAUCUCACUUGGGACCUGGACACACGAUUCAGUAUGGAGCCACGGUCCUGAAUGAAGGAAACGCCUUCAAUGCUAAUACUGGAAUCUUUACCGUUCCGCACGACGGCGUUUAUCUUUUCUCCUAUGCAUGCGAGGACUACCAUAAUCAUCGCAUUUAUGCUGAUAUCCUCGUCGACGGCACACGAAAAUCUCUCGUUUUAGAAGGUCCAUCAACCGCACAUAACAUGGGAACGAACGUUGUCAUUCUUCGACUGACAAAAGGUCAAGCAGUCUGGGUCGCGAUAGAUGCAGGUGGUCAAGACAAUAUUCUGCAGAGUGUUGCGUCAACUUUCUCUGGAGUAUUUUUAUACUAUUAAGAUGUAAAAUUUGAAAUGUUUUCAGAAAUACAUAUUGAAAUGAA